CCAACCGCCAACGGCUAGCGGAUCACCCAUGUCUGUGGGCUCCAUCCCGUUCCAACAAUCGGUGCGUUAAUUUUUCAAAAUCCGAAAAUCAUCUUUACUGAUCUUGCAAUCACCACAUGAUAUUUCUCUGUGCUUUGGUCUCAAUUACACAAUAUCGCGAAUCACUUUUCAAUAGGUCGCCUAUCCUUCCACUACUCCAGAUCAAGUACAAUUAAUUUUGGAGUUCUAAAUGGAUGUGUGAUGGAAAAAAUAAGUCAACUUUGGUGGCAUAGGUAGACAAAUUAAUUCUUUUAAGCAUUUCUACGUAUCACAACUCGGAAUAUUACAAUUAUAUUCUAAUACUAUAGUCUAAUUUGCUCUUUUUGUUAAUCAACCACGCAUUUAUGUCAGAAAACAAGUCUUGGCUUAGUUUUUUCAUAUGGUCUGUCUCACAAAUUCAUUUUCAAUAAUUCCAUAAACCAAUCAGUUUCUUGCUUUCCUCAAUUACCAGUCUCAUUUACCGAAUUUCCAAAGAGAACUGGGCUUAGGCCGCUUUACUUGGCUUGGGCCGCUGCAGUGGGUUUGAUGUAUCAAGACUUUACAUACCCACUUUCAAUGUAUUGGUUAAAAAAAUAAAGCCGAAGGUUAACGAAGAAACUGGAAAGGGUUUUAAUGGCUAGCUUCGACCUGAAGACGAUAGUCAAGGACAAGAGAUUCUGGGCAGCUUCCUUCCUCAUCGCCUGGGCUGCUGGUCUCCAGGGGCACAUGAUGUGGCUGCAGAGGCAAGAUUCAUUUAAGCAAAAAUUCGGAACGAUCGAUGAAGAAAACCAGAAAUGAUUCAUCCAUUUAGCUGUUUUUUUUUGUGAGUAUUGUGAGGAUGAUUUGAGAUUUGUUUUUUUUUUUUUUAUAUUUCAUCAAAUGUCAUAUGGUUAAGUAAACAUAAGUUGUCAUCUUCUUCUUCUUCAUACUGGCGAUUAGUUUGUGCUUUGGGCAAGACUCCAAAUCGAAUGUGGUCUCUAUUUAAUUUUAAGACCAAGUUUUAUUAUUAUGUUUGUAAUUAAAAGUGAAACCAGAAAUAUAUAGGCUGGUUUCUCUUGUAAUUGCAUGUUAAGAAUCA